AUGGAAAGAAGUGCUAAAGUCUUGGCAUCCAAAGGUGAUGCUGUGUCGAGGGCAUUGUCCCAGCUUGGUGGUCAUCCUGACCAGAGAGUUCAGGCUAUUCGAUCCCUGGAAGCACUUGCUCAAACAGUGGAGGGCCGCUCCAGCAUCAUCGCAUCGGGUGGUGCGAAGACGCUCGUUGCACUGCUGGUCCGACCUGGCGACCAGGUGCUUCCAUUCGAGAAGAUACGGCUCGCCAACACAUUGGCCAGUUUAGCCACUUCGCCACCGUGUCGCGUUGUGAUCAUAAAUGCUUCCGCGAUACCGCAGCUCAUUCGACUUCUCGGAGGACUGCCGGAAGCACAAGAAGCGGCCACGGAUGCUUUGGUGGCGCUGUCGCCUGCCAAAGGGUCCCGGACCUUGAUGCUUGAGUGCGGCGUGCUGGAGGUGAUUGAACGAGCACUGGCGUCAGCAGAUGAUGCUGCAGAUCGACGAAGGUUCUGCCGACUGCUCGGUGCACUAUUGGAGGGAGACUCCUUGGAGGAGCGCCUGCCCAGAGUGUGUGCAGCGAUUGACUCCUCGACGGUGGUGUCCAACGUGGUGGCUCAGCUGGCAGAACCCGAGGGGGUGGAGCAGGCAGCAGCAGUCGUAGCUUUGAUGUGCUGCAAAAACUGGUUGAGAGUGCGACUAAUGAAGGCCGGUGCCCUAUCCGUCCUCAAGGAUAUGGUUGCUGCAGCUACCAGCAGUAUGGAGCAGGCCUUGACAGCCAUCGCUGCCAUCGUUACCGUCGACACUGCCCCUGCCGGUGAAAGCGGCGAAGAGGCCGUGGCUGAGGACCUUGGGACCGAUUUGGUCGAAGAGGCUCUGUCCAGCGAGGUGCCCACCAUCGUGCAGCUUCUACAAGGCAAGGAAGAAGAGAUCCGCUGUGCAGCGGCCCAGACCAUCUUCCAACUCGCGGCGCGGGGUGACAUGGAGAUGCAACUUCGACUGGCAGAUCCACUGCCAGCUCUGGUCGCACUCGUGAAGGAUGGCAAAGCCAGGACUCGAGCGUGGGCGGUCAGUGCCUUGAGGUUGCUUGGGAACUCUUCGGAAGCUCGCGAGACCAUCACUCAAGCGGUGCCGAUGGAAGCAGAAGAGCGAGAAAAGCUGCUUGCAAAAAUUCGCACACUGUGCUUCUAG